CUCACUGUGGGUCAUAACUCCAAGCUCUUGCGUCCCCUUCCUUAAAACCCCACCUCAAAACUUUGACCUCUAGCAGAGACUCCAAAUCUUGGUCCCAUCAUGUCAGGCGCUCCUGCCCUGAUGCAGGGCAUGUACCAGGAUCUGUCCUGCCCACUCUGCCUCAAACUCUUUGAUGCACCCAUCACGGCCGAGUGUGGCCACAGCUUCUGCCGUAAUUGCCUGCUCCGCCUGGCCCCAGAUCCUCAGGCUGGGACUGUACUCUGCCCUUCUUGCCAGGCACCCACCAAACCUGAUGGGCUUAAUACCAACCAGCAGCUGGCACGGUUGGUGGAGAGCCUGGCUCAGGUGCCGCAGGGCCAUUGUGAGGAGCAUCUGGACCCACUGAGUGUCUACUGUGAGCAGGACCGGGCACUGAUAUGUGGAGUAUGUGCCUCUCUGGGCAAGCACCGAGGGCACAGCGUGGUCACUGCUGCUGAGGCCCACCAGAGGAUGAAGAAGCAACUCCCACAACAGAGGCUGCAGCUACAAGAGGCAUGCAUGCGCAAAGAGAAGACUGUGGCUCUAUUGGAUCGGCAACUGGCUGAGGUGGAGGAGACAGUUCGUCAGUUCCAGCGUGCCGUUGGGGAGCAGCUUGGUGUGAUGCGGGCUUUCCUGGCAGCUUUGGAGUCCUCACUAGGCAAAGAGGCAGAGCGAGUGACUGGAGAGGCAGGGACAGCCCUGAAGGCUGAACGUAGAAUUGUCACUUCCUACCUGGACCAGCUUCAGCAGAUGGAGAAGGUGUUGGAUGAAGUCACUGAUCAGCCUCAGACAGAAUUCCUCAGGAAAUACUGCCUGGUGAUUAGCAGGUUGCAGAAAAUCCUAGCAGAGUCACCUCCAGCUGCUAGACUGGACAUUCAGCUGCCUAUUAUCUCUGAUGACUUCAAAUUCCAGGUCUGGAGGAAGAUGUUCCGGGCCCUAAUGCCAGCCCCAGGAAGUCUCACCUUCGACCCAGCCUCUGCCCAUCCCAGCCUGCUGGUAUCCCCGUCUGGAAGGCGGGUGGAGUGCGUGGAGCAAAAGGCGCCGCCAGCGGGGGAUGACCCGCAGCAGUUCGACAAAGCGGUGGCGCUGGUGGCCAAGCAGCAGCUGUCGGAGGGCGAGCAUUACUGGGAAGUGGAGGUGGGCGACAAGCCCCGCUGGGGCCUGGGGCUGAUCUCCGCUGACGUCAACCGUCGGGGAAAGCUGCACCCGACCCCCUCGCAGGGCUUUUGGAUGCUGGGGCUGCGCGAAGGGAAAGUGUACGAGGCUCACGUGGAGAGCAAGGAGCCCAAGGUGCUCAAAGUGGAAGGCCGGCCCUCGAGGAUCGGCCUCUAUCUCAGCUUCCGGGACGGCGUCCUCAGCUUCUACGAUGCCAGCGACCUCGAUAACUUGGUCCCUCUCUACGCAUUUCACGAGCGUCUCCCUGGCCCCGUCUACCCUUUCUUUGACGUCUGCUGGCACGACAAGGGCAAGAAUGCACAACCCCUGCUGCUGCUGGGGCCAGAUGGGGAGCAGUGAGAGGCAGAUCAGGAGGAAUAGGAGACAGAUGAUGGGGGCAGACGGUUGUCAGUCGACAAGUAUUUUAUUCAGAAUUUACUGCUUAUCGAACAGCAUAAGGUAGGAGGGAGGGAGCAGUUCUAAAGUUUGGAAAUCGUAACUAAUAAAGGAGACCACAGUGUGUGACUUGU